AUGGAGGACCAGACUGCAAACACAACGCCAAAUGGCCAGCUGCGCCAACCCAAGAAGAGAUUCGUCGGGCGACGAACGGCAGACGCUCAGGCACAGAAAGACACUUCGUCGAGUCAAAAAGAUGUCGAAUCCACUAGCGUGCAAAAAGCCGCUCCCCGAAGGACACCUCGAACCCUAAACCAAGUCCCUCCCGAGAUCCUCGAAGAUCCCGAAAUCCAAGCCGCCAUCGAACUCCUCCCCAAGAACUACUCCUUCGAAAUCCCCAAGACCAUCCACCGCAUACGGUCCUCCGGUGCCAAACGAGUCGCCCUCCAGUUCCCCGAAGGCCUGCUCAUCUUCGCGACCACCAUCUCCGACAUCCUCACCCAAUUCUGCCCCGGCAUUGAGACCCUCAUCAUGGGCGACGUCACAUACGGCGCCUGCUGCAUCGACGACUACACCGCGCGAGCCCUGGGCUGCGACCUCCUCGUCCACUACGCCCACAGUUGCCUGAUCCCGGUCGACGUGACAAAGAUCAAGACGCUAUACAUCUUCGUGGACAUCAGCAUCGACACAACGCACCUCCUCGCGACGCUGGAACGCAACUUCCAACCGGGCAAAACAAUCGCCACGGUCGGCACGAUCCAAUUCAACGCCACGCUGCACGGCCUGAAACCGGUCCUCGAACGCGCCGGCUUCAAAGUCAUCAUCCCUCAAAUCACGCCGCUCUCCAAGGGUGAAAUUCUCGGCUGCACCUCCCCCCAGCUGGACUCCCAAAUCGACAUCCUCCUCUACCUCGGCGACGGUCGCUUCCAUCUCGAAUCCGCCAUGAUCCAUAACCCCACCAUCCCGGCGUACCGAUACGAUCCGUACUCGCGCACUCUGUCCCGAGAAACAUACUACCACGACGAAAUGCACACGCUGCGCCGCGACGCCAUCAGCACUGCCAAAUCGGCCAAGAAAUGGGGUCUCAUUCUCGGCUCGCUCGGCCGCCAGGGUAACCCGAACACAAUGGCCAUGAUCGAGAACCACCUCAACGCGCAAGGCAUCCCGUUCGUCAACCUACUGCUGUCUGAGAUCUUCCCCGGAAAAUUGGCCUCCAUGGCGGACGUGGAAUGUUGGGUACAGAUCGCCUGCCCAAGAUUGAGUAUCGAUUGGGGGUAUGCGUUCCCGCGCCCGCUGCUGACGCCGUACGAGGCGUUGAUCGCGUUGGGGGUGAAGGAGGGCUGGGAGACGUCAAAUCAGGGUAUCUAUCCGAUGGACUUCUAUGCGAAGGAGGGGCUGGGGAGGACGAAGCCGAGUCAGGCGAUUCCUGGGAGUGCGUAG